AUGUUGAAGUCAUUUUCCAGACGCUCCUUCACAUUUUCUCUUCCCUCUCUCCACACCCAAAAUCAGUCGCAAUCCAGUGGCCUCCUUCUCACCGGCGAAACUGACUCAGUCGGACGGUCAUCUUCUCAGUUCAUCACUAUGUUGCUCAAGACUUGGGUUAGUACUAGAUAUGCAUAUGUUUCUGACACUGGCACCCCCAAGUCUGUGCAAAUGAAAAGACCAUUUGCAAUUCAUCCGUGGAUCGAUUCAGAGGAGAAUGUUGGGAAUCUUCUCAUGGCAUGGAGAUUUCUUAUUACUUUUGCUGAUGUUCUUAGACUAUGGCCAUUUACCCUUGAUGAGUUUGUGCAAGCAUUACACGACUAUGAGUCAAGGUUGUUGGGUGAGAUUCAUGUUGCCCUUUUGAAAUCAAUAAUAAAAGAUAUUGAGGAUGUUGCAAGAACAACUGUGACUGGAUUAUGGAUGAAUCAGUACAGUGCUUCCCAUCUUGAAGGUGGACACCUUCAGAUUGUUGAAGGGGCAUAUUCCUGGGGUUUUGACAUCCGCAGUUGGUAGCAUCACUUGAAUUCAGUGACAUGGCCUGAAAUUUUCCGGCAAUUAGUAAUAUCUGCAGGCUUUGCACCACAGUUGAAGAAACAAAGUGCUACAUGGACGUACACGGGUGAUAAC